ACACAGAGCACAAACUGUCCUGGACGUCCAGAGAGGAAACAGCGAGGACACACACCAAAGUGCCAGACUCGAAGGACCUAAUUCUUACUGAGCCACAAUGGAAACCGAGAAGAAGACUCAAACAGCAGCAGCGCAGAUGACAGACAGGGAUCUGUCCGAACAGAUCAAGAAGGUGACAAAGGAGAGUCACGUCAGAGCAGAAAACACAGAACUGAUGAUGAGCUUCCAGAAGGCACAGGUCACACUUCCACAAUAUAAGCUCAUGCUGUGCUCACUGUAUGAGAUCUACCAGGCUUUGGAGGAAGAGCUGGACAGGAACUCCAACCAUCCUGGAGUUGCACCCAUUUACUUUCCUGCUGAAUUGGCCAGAUUGGAGUCCAUCGAGAAAGACCUGGAAUAUUUCUAUGGCCCGGACUGGAGACAGAAAGUCGUUGUUCCUGCAGCCACCAAAAGAUACUGCCAAAGACUCAGACAGAUUGGUAAAGAAAACCCUGAAUUUCUGCUCGCCCAUGCCUAUACCCGGUACCUCGGCGACCUGUCUGGAGGGCAGGUUCUCGGCCGGAUCGCCCAGAAGUCCAUGGGGUUGAAAAAUAGCGAGGGUCUGUCCUUUUUUGCCUUUCCUGGUGUGUCCAGCCCCAACCUUUUCAAACAGCUCUAUCGAAGCCGAAUGAACAGCGUGGAGCUGACGGAGGAGGAGAGGAACGGCGUGCUGGAGGAGGCUGUCAGGGCCUUCGAGUUCAACAUUCAGGUCUUUGAUGAUUUACAGAAGAUGCUGACUGUCACUGAAAACAAGCUGCAGAGUUGUUUAACACACUCCACACCAGUAAUUGUGAAGACACUCCAGAUCCCAGGAACCCUUAUCAACACAUCCCCGUUGCUCCAGAUGGUUCUGGGAUUCUUUGUGGCUCUGGCUACUGUCAGCGUGGGAAUCUAUGCUUUAUAGAGAUGCUUCUCAAGAACCUUAUGUCAUGUAAAGUUUUCAAAUCUUUGCUGUUGUACUAUAACACUUUGUAAAACCAUGACCUUCUUAUAAUUCUGUACAUUUUUAGCAGUCUAAAAUUAACAGUAAUAUUCAUGUAAUUUAAAUAAGAACCACAUUUUUAUAUAUGUACAUUGAGUGUAGUUACUUUAGAAUUUUUAUUUCAGUUCUCUCUGUAACACUGAUAUGCAGUGUGCAUUGUUAUGUGCAAUACAUGUGCAUUAAAUACUGUAAAUAUUUCACAUUUUUAAUAAAACCUUUGUAAAGAAAA